UGUUUCCAAAAUGGCGAACGUUCGUGCGCUUUGCACGCGAUCGUAGUCAUUUCUUUAAAUUGUGACUGUUUAGAAAAUGACGCCAAUUGAAUAGUGUAAACUGUGAGGCUUGUGAGCUCUUUUGCCUCCAACACUGGUUGGAUUGGGAUAAAGUGAUUAAGGUUACAAUAAAUCGGUCUUGGUGACUAGCGUCCUCACGCUAUUUGGCCUGGCCACUUUUUUGAUUUGAUUGAUUGAUUAAGAAAGCUAUGCUGAUGUAUACGGGAACGAGUACCGAGCAGGACACGCGCUUCAGCGACAAGGAGAAGAAGCUGAUGAAGCAGAUGAAGUUUGGGGAUUGUUUGACCCAACAGGUGGACAUGUCCAAGGUGAAACUGGACGUGUUGAAGCCAUGGAUCACACAGAAGAUCACCGAAAUCCUCAAGAUGGAAGACGACGUGGUCAUCGACUAUGUCAACAACCAGCUAGAGGAAAAGUUCCCUUGUCCUAAAAAGAUGCAGAUAAACCUGACGGGUUUUCUGAACGGGAAGAACGCGCGUCUGUUCAUGGGCGAGCUGUGGGAGCUGCUGCUGAGCGCGCAGGCCAGCGAGAACGGGAUACCGGAGUCAUUCACGCAGCAGAAGAAAGAAGAGAUUAAAAAGAGAAUGGAGGAGCAGCAGAAGGACAAAGACAAAGACAAGGAUCGUCGCCGUACGCGGUCUCGCUCGCGGGACCGGGAGCGUCGGCGGUCGCGCGACCGGCGCCGCUCGCGAUCCAGGUCCAGAGAUCGAUCUAAUGACAGGAAGCAUCGCAACGGAGGCAGUCCGAAGCGGUCGAGGAAGCGCAGUCGUGACAAGAGCCAGACAAGAGAGAAGACGACGCAUGCUGAUGACAAGAUUCCAGAACCUAAAGAAAACGGCAAGUCUCCCGAGAAGAAAGAAGACGCAGCCAAGGAGGAGGCGAACCACAACUCCACCAGCGACUCCAUCAAGGAGGAUAAGGAGGAGGAGACGAACCACAACUCCAUCAAGGAAGACAAGGAGGUGAAGGCGGAGGGAGACGGCCGCAAGUCCCGGUCCGCCUCGCCGGACAAAUCUGCUGAUAAGGUGGCCGAGGACAAGAAGGAAGAGAAAGGUCGCUCUUCCAGGUCACGUUCCUCGUCUGCUUCGUCGCAUGGCAGUGCAAAGAAGAGGUCGUCUCACAAGAAGCGUCAGUACCGUUCCAACCGCGACUCUUCAACAAGUGUCAGUCCUAGAAGGAGCUCCCGCAGAGAGAGAAGCAAAUCAAGAGAUCGUCGCCGGAGCAGCCGCCGGUUGUCGGUGGACCGACGUGACAGAGAGCGCGAACGCGAGCGAGAAAGAGAGCGCGAGAGGGAGAGGCGACGACGCGAAAGAGAGAGGAGAGAGAGGUCACGCGAACGUCGCCGAUCGCUUGAACGACGCCGGCGUACGCGCUCACGCUCUCGACGACGUUCAAGGGACAGGUCUCGCGACCGUCGGCGCUCUCGGUCGCGACGCCGCUCGCGCUCCCGCCGCCGCUCGGGGCGCGGCUCGCGCGAGCGCCGCUCCAGGGACCGACGCUCCAGAGAUCGCCGCUCGCCGAGACGCUCGUCCAGGGAGAAAUCCAGAGAGAAGAAAUCCAGGGAUCGUAUGCUGAAGGAUAGAAGAUCUAGGGACAGGAAGUCUCGUGAACGAAGGUCCAGCGACUUAAUCAAGGAGCGCUUGGAGAAAUCCGUUUCUAUUCCGAGAAAAGAAAAUCUUUCAGAGAAGCUGAUGAAAAAAUCUUCAGAACGUGUCUCUAUUCCGCGUGAACGCUCUAAAGAGAGAGUUAUAUCAAGUUCCAGUAGAGAAUCUUCUGUUGCCAAUGAUAAAUCUGCGUCGCAAAAUGACUCUCAGGUUAAGGCACCUCACUCUUCUGACGAAGAAGACAGAGAAGACUUCAUUCCCAUACCCACCUUGCGUGAGUAUUCUAGGAGUCUCUCAAGGACCCCGUCACCUUUCCUAAGGAAACAUGAAAUGGAGACUACCAAAAAAUCCGAACGAUCCGGCGAUGACGUGUCGAGCAAAGAACAUGUCGAAGAAGAGGCAAAGCCCCAAGAUACAAAGAAAAGCAAAAGAAAAACCAACCAAUCAGAAUCAGAAAGUGAAAGCAGUGGAGAAGUGGCGAAAUCCAAGAGCAAGUCCAAGCUCAAGCGGAAGGAGAAAGCCUCUAGCUCUAAGAGGUCUAAGAAAUCCAAAAAAGAGAGUUCUUCCAGUGACAGCGAUUCUGAAGAGUCGUCCUCCAGCGAUUCAGAGGAUGAUCGUAAAAAAAAGAGCAAGAAGAAUGCUAAGAAGAAGUUAGCCAAGAAAUCUAGAAAGAAGAGAGCUCGGUCAUCGAGUUCAGAGUCCAGUUCUGAAGAAGAAGUAAAGCAUAAGAGCACCAAGUCAAAACAGAAAAACAUUCCAGACGACUCUGACGCCGACAAAAAAUCUAGUAAAAAACGCAAGGACUUGAGUACAGAGCGCUCAAAACCUGAGAAAGUUGAUAGCAAACAGAAACCUAAGAAAGCAGAUAAUUCAGAAGAUUCUCACGAUGACUCCUCCGACAGUGACGGAAAAACUAAAAAGAAAGCUCCCAAGCGCGAUUCAUCUAGCUCUCCAGAUAAAGACGUUCGACGCAGUAAGAAAGUAGAACCGCCCAAAGAAAAGGCGUUAUCGCCCGAGGCGAAAUCAAAGAAAGCUGACGAAAAACAAUCUAAAUCCAAGCACGUUGAAGAGGCGAAGCCUAAAUCUCGCGAAGAUGAAAAGAAAGGAAGGAAGCGCGAAAAAGAGGAAUCUUCCUCCGAUAGUGACCAAGUAUCGAAGAAAAAGGCAAGAAAGAAGGUUUCGGAAUCCGAAUCUGAUUCGGAUAGUGACGAGCCGAAGAAAAAGAGAAAUAAGAAACACAAGAAGCACUCUAAAAAACACAAGAAACACAAAAAGCAUAAGAAAUCAUCCAAAAAGAAGGAUGACUCCUCUGAUAGCGACGAGGCAGAAGAGGAGGAAGAGGAAGGAAAGGUCAAUAAUGAGGACCUUGAGAAGAAACUACGCGAAAGAGCGCUCAAGUCUAUGAAGAAACAAACUAGUGCGUCUGGUUCUGACUAACUUUUUUCUGUGUGGGUUGGACUUGAGUCAGUAGUAGGAGUAUUUUAAUGAAUUAAUUACUGAAAUAACAUAUUGACUAAGCUUGCAUUACAUGUAUGUCACAUUGUUAGUAUUUAAUAAAGUUUCAAAAAUAAAA